CCAUCAUCUCCAUCAUAUGGUAUCACACCACAGCAUGAUCGCCCGGUAAUGCACGUCACUCCGCUUCCCCCCAUGAACGCUUAAUCGAUCCCGGAUGGAUCCUUUCUCCGAGGUGCUCGUCCACAUCUCCGCUCCCAGCGGAGUCGCCGACGAUGCUCGCUAUCGCGCCCAAGUCGACGCCAUCCUCGGUUUUCAGUGCGUCUCACGUCAGGCCGUCAUCAACUCCGCAGGUUCAAACGAGGAUACCCAGGACAACGGUGAUCAGAGGAAUCCUCAUCCCGGGAUCCAGUCCCCAGAGCACCAUGCAGCGGACUCUCUCAACAGCAGUCUAGUCAGCGUUAUCCCGGACUCGCAGCCAUCACAGGGCCCGCCUCUGAAACGUCCCCGGAUACAUCCACCAUCACCAUCACCAGCCUCACUCCCAGGAGGAGCCCCAGGAAACCCAGGGAACCCAGGAGACCCCGAAGAAACAGGGAACCCCCCACAACCAAGCACCAGCUCACCCCGGACCCAUCACCGACAACAAUCACCACCACCACCACCAUCCACACAAAAACAAGAAACAGAAAUAACCCUCCCCCUCCAAAUCCACCCCCCAAACCCACCCCCCUCAACAUCCCCCUUCACAACACACAUCACCCCAACCCUAUCAAUGCUCAUCACGCGCCUCAAAUCCCCCCGCACCUACACCCCCAUUCACCAAACGCGCGCCCUCACCAACCUCGAACGCGGGCACUGGACAGUUCCUAUCAAUCUCAUCACUACUACCACCACCACUCCCCCCUCACCCUCACCAAACCCGGAGAAUAAACCCCAGGAUUUAUCCCCCAACACAUGGCCUACACCCCUCUUCACCCGCUUCUGGACCUUCCUCUCGGAUUUCAUCUGUGAAGGGCGUGCUGGAUGGGGCGUGUGGUGUUCUCUUGAAGCUGACACCACCACCACCACCAACAAAAACAGUAACAAUGAAGGCCAAGAUCCGCAUCCUCAACAAUCCCCCAAAGAAGAAGAAUCAAAAGAAGAACACAAACUAACCCAUCCCACCCAACCCACAACCCUAAAGAUCUACGCAUGGGGCGAAACCGCCGAACACAUCUACCUCCUGCUCUUCUUAGCGAGUGAGCGCCGUAUUCGCCGCAUGGGUGCGCGCUGGCGCGAUAGUCGGGAUGAGGUUGUUAUUGUUAUGUAGCCUUGUUUAACUAUACAUGUAGUAUUUGGUUUUGUACAUAUGUGUAUACUUGAGAUCAUCUACUGGAUGAAUGAAUGAAUGAAUGAUGAAUGAUGGUUGAUGAAUAAUG